GCGGCGCGACCCUCACUGUACAUUAUGUGUAUUCUCUAACCAUCGGCUGUUCCUCUGUUUUACAUUCGUUAUCGCGGUGCAUUUUGAGAUUGAAUGAGUAAAAGACUAUACUUUAAGGGGAUUUUGAAGGAGUGCACUCGAUAACAUCCAUUAUGGUUUCGGGCACCACAACUAACGCCGUGCGCCCACCAUUGUGUCUCGCAGUGAUGACGUCACAUCACGCGCGUUCUUGCACUCAUUCCAGCAAGUCUUCUGAGGAAUUCACCAAUGCUGGAUUGUUUUCUUCAUUUUACAAGUGAAGAUUAGAGAACAAUGAGAACAUGAGUGAUCCAGAACCCUGCAGAAUAAAUCACAAAGAUACUGCAAAGCAAGGAGACCUAAUGGAAGAGAGUGAGGAGAGUGAAGAACUGAGUGAGGCAGAGGAGAAACAGCAUCAUGUCAAAACUAGUGAGAAAUCUUUGAGUUGCUCACAGACUAAAAGUAAUUUAUUGAAAGGAAGAGCCAAAAAGCCUUUCACCUGCCAUCAGUGUGGGAAGAGUUACACAGUAAAAGGAACCCUGGCAAUACACAUGAGAAUCCACACUGGAGAAAAUCUGCACACAUGUGAUCAAUGCGGAAAGAGUUUUCCGAUAAAAUCAUACCUUAAGGAUCACAUGAGAAUCCACACUGGAGAGAAGCCGUAUUCAUGUGAUCAGUGCGGGAAGAGUUUUACAAUGAAAGGAACCCUUAAGGAUCACAUGAGAGUUCACACUGGAGAGAAGCUGUACUCAUGUGAUCAGUGCGGGAAGAGUUUUGCAUACAGACACAGUCUUAAAAGUCACACGAGAGCUCAUAGUGGAGAGAAGCCGUACACAUGUGAUCAAUGUGGGAAUAGUUUCACAAGUAAAAGAUCUCUUAAUGAACACAUGACAAUCCACACUGGAGUGAAACCACACACAUGUGAUCAAUGUGGGACGAGUUUCAGACAAAAAGCAGCCCUUAGGGAACACAUGACCAUCCACACUGGAGUGAAGCCGUUCGCAUGUGAUCAAUGUGGAAAGAGUUUCAGAAAGUCAUGCACUCUUAAAAUACACCUGCGUCGUCAUUCUGGAGAAAGACCAUUUACCUGUGAUCAGUGCGGUAAAACAUUUUUUAGGUCAGAUGCGCUGAAGGACCACCUAAAAGUUCAUACAAAGGAGAAGCCUUACUUGUGUUCUUUGUGUGGAAAGAGUUUUAGUCAGUCGGGUACUUUAAAAUUACAUCAGAAAAGACACAACAGUGUGAAGGAGCAUAUGUGUUUUGAUUGUGGGAAAACUUUUGUUAGAGAUGCUGAACUGAAACUGCACCAGAGCACUCACACUGGAGAAAAACCUUUCAAGUGUUCUCACUGUGACAAGAGGUUCAGAUGGUCAGAUUAUCUGAAAAAACAUGAGAGGAUCCACAGUGGAGAAAAACCUUUCAAGUGUUCACACUGUGACAAGAGAUUCAAAUGGUCAGAAUAUCUGAAAAAACAUGAGAGGAUCCACACUGGAGAGAAACCGUAUCACUGCAGUCAAUGUGGGAAGAGUUUCACUCUGUCAUCAUCUUUACUCAAGAACAAUGAGAACAUGAAUAAUCCAGAACCUUGCAGAAUAAAUCGCAAAUAUACUGCAAAGCAAGGAGACCUGAUGGAAGAGAGUGAGGAGAGUGAAGAACUGAGUGAGGCAGAGGAGAAACAGCAUCAUGUCAAAACUAGUGAGAAAUCUUUGAGUCGCUCACAGACUAAAAGUAAUUUAUUGCAAAGAAGGGCCAAAAAGUCUUUCACCUGCCAUCAAUGUGGGAAGAGUUACACAGUAAAAGGAAGCCUGACAUUACACAUGAGAAUCCACACUGGAAAGAAUCUGCACACAUGUGAUCAAUGCGGGAAGAGUUUUCCGAUAAAAGCCAACCUUAAGGAUCACAUGAGAAUCCACACUGGAGAGAAGCCGUACUCAUGUGAUCAGUGCGGGAAGAGUUUCCCAUACAUACAGAGUCUUAAUAUUCACAUGAGAGGUCAUAGUGGAGAGAAGCCGUACACAUGUGAUCAAUGUGGGAAGAGUUUCAUACAUAAAGGAUCUCUUAAUGAACACAUGAAAAUCCAUACUGGAGUGAAACCACACACAUGUGAUCAAUGUGGGACGAGUUUCAGACAAAAAGGAUCUCUUAGGGAACACAUGACAAUCCAUACUGGAGUGAAGCCGUUCACAUGUGAUCAGUGUGGAAAGAGUUUCAGAAAGUCAUGCACCUUUAAAAUACACCUGCGUCGUCAUUCUGGAGAAAGACCAUUCACCUGUGAUCAGUGCGGUAAAACAAGAACUGAGUGA